CAAAAAACGAAAUAAAGAUUUUACUAAUUUAGAUUAGAUCUUAUCACUCACAGCUCCUAAACAGCUAAACCUCGCCGGCGGCAUUACAGUUUCAGGGAGCCCCAAACCUAUAUAUACAUAUAUUAUUAUAUAUAUAUAUAUAUGGCGGCAAGAGUUAUAGAGAAGUUCUUCAUAACAUCCAUGUUGAUGUGGAUGGUUCCUAUUGCCAUUCUGUAUGCCUUCAACAAUAAUUUGCUUCCUGCCGGUUUCACUGAUAUGUCUCCACAUUCUUUGACUCUUGUUAGCGGGUUUGUUGCUGUUAUAUCUGUCAAUAUCGUAAUUGCAUUCUACAUAUAUUUGGCAAUGAAAGAACCUUCUGAAAAACACGAGCCAGAUCCUAAGUUUGUCUCAGAAGCUGAAGCCAGUAUCAAGCACUUUGUAUCAAAUGAAACUCAGGAAACUUCAUCAACAAACAAAAAGGAACAGUAAUAGCUGAUUGAUUUGGUCAGGUUUCAGCUGAUUGAUUUUCUACAGGCCCUAUCGUUGUAAACCUAUCGAUGCAAUAUUGUACAUUUUUAUGUUCACUGUAUGAACCUUUAAAAGAUAUAUACUCGGUAAUUUCCUGUUGAAUUUCUAUCUUAGACCGUCUCAAACAUUUCAGUGAUUA